AGACGGAUGGGCGUUUUAUGGCCGCCGUCGAGUGAUAACACCGAGGUCUCUGCAAAGACGGCCGGCUUAGUUUUUCCCACAAAUAUCAGUUAAAAGAUUAACGUGGAAGAAAAAUUUGUGGGCGAAUCGACGCGACUGCAUCGGUGCUCGAUGUCGGCCGAAUCGAAGGAAGCCGCGACCAACGGCGACAGCAACUCGUUCGUCGAAGUUUACAGCGCCGAAAACAACGGCCAGCAAUUCCGAAAAGCGGCCAAAGUCGAGCCGACGCCCAGUGCGAUUCCCAAAAAGAGGCAGGACUUGCUGAAAUGGAACGGAUGGGGAUAUUCGGACUCUCAGUUUGCCGUGAGGAAAGGUGUGAUUUGGUUCACCGGCAACAGAUACCCCAUCGGCGAGCUGGAGUUGCCUUACUUCACUCAGUGGACGAAAGACGUAUUCAACGUUGACCUGAGCAAUCCAAUCAAACCGCAGCCACCAAUCACUAGUUUUCCGACACCAAUCAUUAAUCAAGAAUUUUUGUCUGAAGUUAAAAAUUUGAAUUUGUCCGUUUCCGAGGAUGGCGAGGACCGACUUUUCCGAGGCCACGGUCACACUUUGCACGAUAUUUACGUGCUCCGAGUCGGCAUGUUUGCCAGAAUACCCGAUCUAGUCAUUUGGCCAGAUUCUCAUGCCGAGGUUGUGAAAAUUGUGGUUCUGGCUGCGAAAUACGAUGUGGUCAUCAUGCCCUUCGGAGGAGGCACCAGCGUCACGUGUGCCAAUUCUUGCCCUGAGGACGAAAAGAGAAUGAUUGUCUCCUUAGAUAUGUCUCAAAUGAACCGCAUUCUUUGGUUAGACCGUGAUAAUUUGGUAGCUUGCAUUGAAGCUGGAAUAAUUGGCCAAGAUUUGGAACGAGAGUUGAAAAAGCACGGCUUUACAACUGGACAUGAGCCGGAUUCCCAUGAAUUUUCUAGUCUUGGAGGAUGGGUGGCCACAAGAGCAUCAGGCAUGAAAAAGAAUGUCUACGGCAACAUCGAAGACCUGCUGGUCCACGCAAAAAUGGUCACGCCCACUGGAGUUUUAGAAAAAAACACGCAAGGCCCUCGAGUGUCCAUCGGUCCCGAUUUCAACCACGUCAUCCUUGGGUCCGAAGGCACCCUCGGUGUGAUCACAGAAGUCAUUUUGAAAGUCCGGCCACUUCCGCCUUGCAAGAAGUACGGCUCGAUUAUUUUCCCCAAUUUUGAAUCUGGAGUGCAGUGCAUGAGAGAAGUCGCCAAGAGACGUUGCCAACCAGCGUCUAUUCGGCUUGUGGACAACGAGCAGUUUAAAUUUGGCCAGGCACUGAAGGCGGUGCCAAGUUUCUUCGGCGGCAUUGCAGAUGGAUUCAAAAGAUUUUACGUCACCAAGAUGAAAGGAUAUGACGUUCAUAAAAUGGUUGUGGCCACUCUUGUGUUUGAAGGUGAGCAAACUGCAGUUGAGGCUCAGGAGAAGUUGGUCUACGAAAUAGGCAGUCAGUUCGGAGGAAUGCCGGCGGGAGAGGUCAACGGCCAAAGGGGCUAUGUUCUGACAUUUGUGAUCGCCUACAUCAGAGAUCUUGGGUUUGACUUCAACAUUGUGGCCGAGUCUUUUGAAACGUCCGUACCGUGGGACAGGACACUGUCUCUGUGCAGAAAUGUCAAGGGAAGAGUUACUGCUGAGUGCAAAGCCAGGGGCAUUCACCACUAUCUGAUCACCUGUCGAGUGACUCAAACCUAUGAUGCCGGCUCCGUCGUCUAUUUCUACUUUGGCUUCAACUACGGAACCUUCCCAGACCCUUGCCACGUUUACGAAGAAAUCGAAGAAGCUGCCCGAGACGAAAUUCUAGCCAGCGGGGGGAGCCUUUCUCACCACCACGGAAUCGGCAAAGUGAGGAAGAAGUGGUACCGCCAGCAGGUCUCCAGUCAAGGCGUGCAGUUGUUCCGUGCGGUCAAACAAAAGUUGGACCCCAAGAAUAUAUUUGCCAGCGGAAAUUUGGACUCCGGCAGCCACGAGCUGCAAGCCAAAUUGUGAGUUGGUUGCCAUUUUUGUUGUGAUCAAGAUGAUCAAGUUCCUUCCUUGUUCAUACUUUUGCCAUUGAGUGUUUCUUGAUAAAGAGCUCAAAUGAUGUGAUCAUUCCAACUUUGUAAGCUUGAUCAGCUUUUGAUCCUAUUACUUUUAGUCUACAAACAUUCUCAAAUUCGAAUCGUAUUGGAAUGGUCCCGAUUUAUUUAUUCAACAGUAUUAUUUGAGAUCACAGUUCUGCUAGAGCGUUGAAUUUUUACCAAGCUUUUAAAGCUAGAAUGUGUUCAUUUUUGAAGUAGAAAAAUGCCCCAGUAUUUUGAUUUUACAACGAUUUAGUCAUCUUUUACCUAUUUUUUGUUGAGUUUGCUAAGUUGAAAUAUUACUAUCCUAUGUUGAACCAAAAUAAUGAUAAAGAUCACAAACGAAUCUUUUUCUUUUACACUGUAUUUGUAAAAUGAAAGUGAUAGUAUAAAUAAAAUUUUGAUUGUCCUCGAUAUAGUCAUAAAAUUUGUUACCGCCGUCUUGUAUUUGCAUGAAAGUUUUGUCUCCCUUCUCUUGGUACAAAAAGUAAUAAACCAAAGUUGCUUUCAGAUGAUAUGUGUGCACAUUAU